AUGCCAAUCAAUAUACUUCCCAAGGUCCUGUUCUUCGACGUAUUCGGAACCGUUGUUGAAUGGUGCCCGUCCGUCACGAGAGAGUUGCAAAACGCUGCUGAGCGCGCCCUUCAUGAUCCCCGCAAGCCUAUUCCUCCGGAUGAACGCGCACGGGUCUCACAGAUGACUUUUACAGAUUGGCUCUCAAUCGCAGAAGAUUGGCGACAGUCCUAUGGACAGUUUACUGCCUCAUUUGACCCUUCCCAAGGCUUCGUUUCGGUCGAUCAGCACCAUUACACUGCUCUAUCUAAGCUACUUCAGCAACGGAAAAUCGAGAAUGUCUUCACAGACAGCGAGAAAUGGGAUUUGUCGCUCUGCUGGCACCGUCUUGUUCCGUGGCCUGACAGCGUGCGAGGCCUGGAACUGUUGAGCCGAAGGUUCCGCACGUGCACCCUGUCGAACGGCAACGUCUCUCUGCUAGAAGACCUUCGGCGAUAUGGCUCCUUGCCUUUUACGGAUAUAGCCAGUGCAGAGAAUUUCGGGGCGUACAAACCCUCGCCUCAGGUGUAUCGUGGGGCAGCCGCCCGCUUCGACUUGGACCCCAGUCACUGCGCCCUGGUGGCAGCCCAUCUUUCAGACCUGAAGGCCGCCAAAGCACAAGGUUUUAAGACAAUAUACGUUGCACGGUCUAAAGAAGAGACGGAGGAUAUAGCUCAGGCAAAGCAGGACGGAUUUGCAUUCAGGAACACAAAGUCUACCGUCACGCCGACGCUGAUGGACACUUCCGGCGUAAAGCUUCGGUCUUUCGCUCGUUCGUGCCUCGAGGAGAUAAUCCAGCUAGUGGUUUUGGAUCCUGAGCUGGGUCCCGAUGGUUGGUUCUUCUCAGGUCGGUGGGGUUCAGCAGAGAAGGAUCCUCUCUACGGAUUCACGCAGCUGAGACAGCUAUAUUUCAAAGCAAAUCCGACGUACGAAGGGCGAUACACCAUCCCGGUCCUAUGGGACAAGAAACAAGGUACAAUAGUGAAUAACGAGAGCAGCGAGAUUAUUCGUAUGUUCUAUACCGAAUUUGACCAUCUACUUCCAGAUGAGUUGCGUGAAAUCAACAGGCCGGGUGGAGGAUUCUACCCUCAGCCUUUGAGAAAAGAUAUUGAUGAGAUGAAUGAAUGGGUGUACCAUCAGAUCAACAACGGAGUAUACAAGACGGGGUUCGCAACAACACAGGAAGCUUACGAGGAGAAUAUCUACCCGUUGUUCGAGGCGCUAGAUCGUAUUGAAAACCACCUAGCACAGCCAGGACACCAGCCAUACCUGUUUGGCGAAAACAUAACCGAGGCCGAUAUGCGCCUGUACACAACCAUUGCCCGAUUUGAUGUGGCGUACUAUCUAAUCUUUAGAUGUAACCUCAAGAUGAUACGGCAUGAUUAUCCACGAAUCCAUGAUUGGUAUCGUCGGUUGUACUUCGACGAGUCCAACCGGACAAGGGGGGGUGCCUUUAAAAAGACGACAUAUUUUGACAUUUACAAAUUUGGCUACCUGAAGGCAAUUGGCAAACGGACGGGCAGCACGCAGUUGAUUAUCCCUGUUGGUCCAUCACCAGAUAUCUUGCCACUGGAGGAUCAGUAG